CCUAAAAAAAUACAACAAAAAUCAUAAAAAGAAAAACACACAUUGCGUCCGAAAAUGGAGCGCAUAGAACAAUUCAAGGUUCUCACAAACGAAAUCAACAUGAAUGUGGCGUCAAUCGGGACCGGUCCGCCUAUCCUAUUCCUCCAUGGCUUUCCUGAGUUGUGGUUCUCCUGGCGCCACCAGAUGCUCUCUCUCUCCAAAAAGGGUUACCGCUGUAUAGCCCCCGAUCUCCGCGGCUAUGGUGACACCGACGCGCCGCCGGAGCCGGAGUCUUACAGCGCUCUUCACAUCGCCGGAGACAUCGUCGGCCUCCUGGACAAUCUGGGUAUCGACCAAGUCUUCUUGGUUGGCCAUGAUUGGGGAGCUUUCAUGGCUUGGAGUUUUUGCUUGUUCAGGCCUGAUAGAGUCAAAGCUGUGGUUAACCUCAGUGUUCCUUACAUUGCAAUGAACCCCAAGAAACAAUUCUUGGAUGGGUUUAGGGAAUACUAUGGAGACUUGUACUACAUGUGCAGGUUUCAGGAACAAGGAGAGAUGGAAAAAGAAUUUGCUUCUAUUGAGACUGAAACUGUACUAAAGAAACUCUAUACAUCUUUUGGCCUAACUCCUUUGCUCAUACCAGAAGAAAAAGAUGGAGGAUUCAAGAGUUUACCACCUCCAGAAACAUUACCCUCUUGGUUAACGGAUGAUGUCCUCGACUUCUAUACCAAGAAGUUCGACCAGAGUGGUUUUGCCAGAGGAUUGAACUAUUAUCGAUCUAUGAACACAUCAUGGAAGCUCCUAAUACCUUGGUCAGAUGCACAAGUCAAAGUUCCAGCGAAGUUCAUAGUGGGGGAUCUAGAUCACCCCUUCAAUCUCCCAGGCAUGAAGGAUUACGUAUUGAAUGGUGGCUUCAAAAAAGAUGUGCCUUUGCUGGAAGAAGUGGUUAUAAUUCAAGAUGUGCCUCACUUUAUCAACCAAGCAAGGCCCGAUGAGAUUAGCGAUCAUAUAUAUGAAUUUAUCAAGAAGUUCUGAUGUUGAUUUAACAUAUUAAUGUAUCAAGGGGUUCUCCCUUUGUUCUAUUUGUAAUUGUUUUUGUUUUUUAAUGUCUUGCCAGCUGUUAUUGUGUAGGGCUUUUAAAUUUCCUUGUCUUUUUCUAUUUAAUAACGUCAGACUUGGGGAUUCUUUAAUAAAUGUGGACAUUCAUCUA